AUGCGCAAAUUGAGGUCAGCAAAAGAUAUCACUUCCGAUGAUCUUGCGCCAGACACAACGCCAGCCUUAGCAGGACUACGCUGUUCACAUCCAGAUUCUACGAACAAAUCCUCUGCCAUCAAAGUUAUACCAACCGGCUCUAGAUUGCCAGGCUUAACAUCAACGGAGCUAAGGCUCCUGCGACAGAAACAACAGCGCCUAGCCACGGACGCUGCCUCCCUAUGCAAGGAGGCAGAGGGUUGCGCGGAUGGAGGCACUCUCUCCAUCCACAAUGCUCUUGAAGCAACGUUGAUAUUUGCUCAAUACGAAGCUGGAACUGCCGUAUGUAUCGGUGCAGAUGGCUGGAUUUUGACAUGUGCGCAUUGUUUCGGCGACACGGAGGAAGAACUCCAAUCAUCGAGCAAACGUCGUUGGCUCCUGUUCUAUACCGGUCUGGCUGUGCAGACUGAAUGUAUAGUGUGGGAUGCAAAGCGAGACCUGGCGCUUUUAAAAAUAAUCGUCAUUGAGUCUGAUGCCGGCAAGAAAAAGGAUGGUAUUAUUUGUUCCUUCCCGUUUGCCCGGCUAGCGUUGAAAAGACCGACUGUGAAAACUCCGAUAAUAUGUAUCGGACAGGCAGGAAUGGACGAUUUGGAGUCCAGCACACCAGCGAAAAAUAACUUUGAUUUCGUCGAGCUGUCGUUUGGCAAGUUUCGGGGGAUGGUGGCGGGGGUUGAUUGGCAGGAUAACUCUGAAAUUGGCGCUAUGAAGCAUGAUGCGUGGACGUAUUGGGGCCAUUCCGGUGCACCGUUACUUGUGGAGGCAAAUGGUACGCUGAUCGGGCUUCAUUCAUCAUGGGACGAUCAAACAGGCAUGCGUCAUGGUGUGCCUCUGGUUGCUAUCAAGGCCUUUUUGGAGCAGCAUGUCGAGUUGAUGGGUUCGUGGGGCGACGACCACAGAGAUGAAGCUGAAUCUUCCUCGCCAAAUCACACUGGCGAGCAAGAGGUUAUUGUCAUUAGUGAUUAG